ACAUAAAUGCAAAAGGUCAUCACUGUGAUAAGGCCGGCGAUCUGAUCAGCACUAUAUAGAUAUAGAGACAGCUCGCCUUUUAAUUUACCUAUGUGUGUGCAAAAUUGAGUUUAUUCAGAUGUAUAUCAAUCAGAUGUGAUCAUUUACGUUUGGGACUGACCUUUGACGUCACCAUCCGAAAGACGUGACCAGGGCUUGAACCUCUGAAUCAAUUUGUAACAUCAUCACCAAGCUUGGAUUUACAGGCACACGCUACAACGCCCAUUUUCCCUGAAAAGUCAUCCUUCCACCAUGGUGUACCGCUCUGUCAGUGACUUCUAUGCCGGCAAGACGUUGAUGAUCACCGGUGCCACUGGCUUCAUUGGUAAGGUGCUGUUAGAGAAACUCCUUCGGUGUUGCCCAGACAUCAAGAAGAUAUUCCUCCUUGUCAGACCGAAAAGGGACAAGGGGGCGGCCGCUCGUAUCAAAGAGAUCACUUCUGGCAUAAUGUUUGAUAAAGUCAGGGAAGCCCAGCCGAACUUCCGGGCAAAACUAGUCCCCAUCGAGAGCGACCUCAUCCAACCCGACCUUGCCUUAAAAGAAGAAGACAUCAGGAUUCUUCAGGAGGAGACAGAGCUUGUGUUUCACGUUGCAGCUACUGUCAGAUUCGAUGAAAAACUAUCAAUCUCCCUCCAGAUGAACGUGUUUGCAACCAGAAAGAUCUUACAACUCAGCAAAGGGAUGGAGAAAUUAUUGGUAUUUCAUCAUGUUUCAACAGCAUAUAGCAACUGUGACCAAUCCAGAAUAGAAGAGGCUGUUUACCCCCCUCCUGUUGACCCAUACAAGAUCUUGGAUGCCACCGAAUGGAUGUCGGACGACAUGAUAGAAGCCUUAACCCCCAUGCUGCUGGGGAAGAGACCAAACACAUACACCUUUACCAAGGCUCUGGCAGAGUACGUUGUUAUGGAAGAGGGUAAGGGGUUGCCAAUUUGCAUAACAAGACCGUCUACUGUUUUAGCAGCGUGGAAAGAGCCUUUUCCUGGCUGGGUAGAUAACAUACUGGGUGCAAGUGGACUCGUUGUUGCAGUUGGUAAAGGGUUGGUAACUACAGUGCUCUGUGAUCCACAGGCUAUUCUUGACGUCACUCCUGUAGAUGUUAUAGUGAAUGCAAUGAUUGGUGUCACGUGGUAUACAGGUGUCCACAAACCUGCCUCCAUCUCAGUCUACAACUUGGUCACCAGUCACGAUAUUCCAUACAAAUUAGGAACACAUUGGGCUGAUCUCGUAAAUUGUCUCGAGAUAUUUCCAAUGGAGAAGGCACUUGGACGACCAAUGGUUCAACUCACCAAAUACUCGCUAGUAUUUGAAUGGAUGAACCUGGUUAAUGGGAAGAUACCAGCUUUUUUCAUUGAUUGUGUCUCGAAGCUAAGGGGACAGAAACCUAUGAUGAUGAAGAUAAACCAAAGGGUCGUAAGGCUGGUUUACGCACUGAGGUACUUCAUGUUUAACACUUGGGACUUUAGCCAUCAAAAUAUAGAAGCUCUUUCCACUGCAAUGAACGAGAAAGACAGGGAGGUAUUUUUCACUGAUGUGAGAACGCUCCAUGGGCCGUCAUACAUGAAAGCCUACGUUCUUGGUGCCAAGAGAUUCAUUCUAAAUGAAGAUAUAGAAAAUCUUCCUGCAGCACACAGCCAUCAAAGAAUGUUGCGUAACCUCCGAUGGACCUUCAAUACCGUCCUCGCUGUCGUUAUUUGGUGUAUCCUCAUGACCCGGUCAAAGGUCGCCCGGAACUUCCGGACCUUUGUAAUCAACAAUUUCUUCAGAUUCAUUCGACGAUGUCGCAUGCUUAUUAACUCCAUGGGUCACUCUAAUUGAUUAUGCUUUGCCACGACGAUGUCGCAUGCUUUUUAACUCCAUGGGUCGCUCUAAUUGAUUAUGCUUUGCCACCACUUCUUGCUACUUGUGGUGGCAGGUGAGAUGUGGUAGGCAAUUUGUAGGACUUUGAUGUAGAUACAGAGCCAUUGGCCCGUAUUCUCAAGUCAGAUUCAACUUAGACCACGGUCUAACUCUGUGCUAAAAUUAUGGGAAGCCAGAAGUGUCAAAAUUUGUUUAAAGUUGUAUGUUUCUUAUGUUUUCUGUGCUCUUUCCUGAUUCAUCGAUGGUAAAGACGAUCAUUUAUUUAUAUUUCCUAUACAAUUGUGAAUGAUUUGAGAGCCAAAUUAGCUGAAAUAUUUUAUCCCUACUGUUAGUGAUAUAUGUAACAAUUGGCUGUCCAUAGUUAAACCACAACUUUAAACCUAAGUUUAAGUCAAACCCGAUUUCAGAAUACGGGAAAUUGGAUGUAGAUCAGGAGAAGUACGCCCUCUUCGUUCGUUGAUUACGGCUCUUGGGAUUUAAAAUAUUUCCUUGCAUGAAAUGCAAUUUACUCAUACGGCAGCAAAAAUAAAUCAAUAAAGUUAAGUAUUUAAGUCGGUUUUUAUCUUAUAUGAUUUAUCAUACAGUAAAUGUGGAGUAAUUAUCGGAUGGUCUAAUACCACUUGGUCUACUUAUCAGUUAGUCCAACUUCACAAAGUCUAAACCCAUUUCGUCUACAACCAGUUCGUCUAAUAUCUAAUUCGUCUAAUUCCCACUUGGUCUAAUAUCAAUUCGUCUAAUUUCCAUUUGGGCUAAUAACCAGUUGGGCUAAUUCUCGCUUGGUCUAAUAUCCAAUUCGUCUAAUGAGCAGUUGGGCUAAAUCCAUUUAGUCUAAUUUCCAGUUGGUCUAACAUCACUUUGUCUAAUUUUCACUUCGUCUAAUGUCCAUAUGGUCUUAUUUCAUUUCAUCUAAUUGUCAUGUGGUCUAAUGACCGUUUGGUCUAAUUUCCUAUUGGUCUAAUAUCCAAUUGGUCUAAUGACCACUUGGCCUUAUAUACGACUGUUAUAAUGACCACUUAGUCUAAUAGCCAAAUUGUCUAAUGACCACUUGGUCUAAUAGCCAAUUGUUAUAAUGCCCAGAUGGGCAAAUCGUCGCUUGGUCUAAUUUUCAUUUGGUCCAAUUCACACUUGGUGUAAUGUCCCUUUAGUCCAAUAUAGCAUCAUUCAAUAUGAUUUAUUUGACCUAUAAUUAACAAGUAUGGUAAUGAAUAAAUAAAUACGCCAUGCAUCAGUUAAUACAUGUCGCCAGGAUCCAGGGGGUAGAGCCAGGGUAGGUCUGGUGUGCGCAAAACCUCACCGUGAAGGACUUUCGAUGACGGGAUCAUCGAAUGAAUUCUAAUCAAAAAUAAUUCUUAUAAUUAUCGAUUGUAGAGAUGAGGAUGACAGUCAUAUCAUACCCAUAAUCAUAGGCGGAUCCAGGGGGGCCCGAAGGGCCCGCCCCCCCCCCCCCCCCUAUUGGCGGAGCAAAAAAAAGAAAAAAGGGGGAAGAAAGAAAAAAAAAAAAAAAGGGAAAAGAGAGGGAAAAAAGAAGGGGAAACAUAAAAGGACGAAGACGAUUAAAUGAAAUAAGAUGAGGGGAAGACUUGGAAAACAUUCUUUAAAAAAAAUUUCAUGUCCCUAUAUAAAAUUUUCGCUUGCGCUUCGCGCUUGCAUUGCCUUUUAGGUGAUUUACAUAUCUUGCUCAAUAUGGAGCUUAAAAUAUAAAAUUUUGAACUCAAUAUACAAAACAUAUUUCAGCUCGGAUAUCGUACUUUCAUUAUUUUGUUUGAUUUACAAAUUGAUUUUUAAAAAUUGCUCUGUAAAAAAAACUGUUUUAUGGUCUGAAUAUAAACAUUUUCUGCUCGCGCUGCGCGCUGGCAAAAUUUGAUUUGUCAGGUACCUAUUAUUUUUGUGUUUUCCAUAAAGUUGUCAAAAUAUCCCUUUUCAGGUCUGAUUAUCAAAACGUAUCAGCUAGCGCUGCACGCUCGCAUUUUGAUUGGCGAGUAAUGUAUGUCUCAAUAUUGAUUAUACAACAAACAACUUAAAAUCCCCUUUUCAUGACAGUUUAUCAAACAAAUUUGGGUCGCGAUUUGCACUCGCAUUUAUGGUAAAAUAUAUUAACUGAUGCAUCCUAUUUAUAAUUAAAAAAAGACUUGGAAUGUCCAGUUUUCAGGCCAUUAUGUCAUCAAAUUUCGCGCCCUCAUUAGCAUUAAUUAAUAAGAUAUUACUUAAAUAAUUAAAUUGUCCCUUUUGUUUCAUCUCGCGCUUUAUAGCAAGAGGAAUAGGAAAAUAGUCAUUUUCAUAUUCAUGUCCUAAGGAUGUCCCGGUCCUAUGUUUAAACUCAAAGU